AGGGGAGGCAGCGGGGGGCGGCAGCCUGCUUCCUGCGGCGGUGGCGGGCUGUGUGGCGGCGGCGGGUGCGGACCUGAACCCGCUGCGGCAGAGGGCGCUGCUGAGGGCGGCGGCGUACGGCAGGCCCUUCUGCCCGCCCUCCUUUCCUAAACAGCUCAUGUACGGGGUUGCAUGUCGGCUGCGGGUGCUGGCGGCUGUGCGCGACCCGCGGGUCGGUCUGCCGCUCACCAUGGCCCAACUGGAGGUGCUGGGGCUGCCCGUGCUGGUGGCGAGGCUCAUCUCCUACAGGCAGUGGCUCCUAGCCUACCGCAUAGCCGGGGUGCUCCGGAACAUACCCGGGGGGGGCACUGCGGGACCCGGGGCAGGGGGGGCAGGGGGGGCAGCAGGCCUCGGACUGCCCGCUACGCCCGGAUCUACCACCCCUACCACCACCACCACCACCACCUCCGCCUCCGCCCCCCCGCUGCUGGGUCAGGAGGCGGUGCUGCUGCAGUGGGCGUGUGCCAAGAUCUCCUCCGCCUCUAUCGCAGGGGGCGGGGCUGCUGCUGCCGCCCCCCGACUGGACGACGGCUCGCUGAAGGACGCUAUUGUGUCCCGGCUGAAGGGCUGUCCGGGGGUGCGGUUCGCACCGCUGGCGGCACAUGCGCUGUCGGUGGGUCGGCGCCGUCUGGCUCUGCGGCUGCUUGAGGAGGAGCGCUCCGCUGCCGCCCAGGUGCCGCUGCUGCUGGGGCUGGCGCUGGGAGGAGGAG